CAUCUACAGCUGAAUGGGACUCUCUUUCUAGGCGGGGCUUGAAGUUUGGGGACUUUGUUCAAAAAAACUAGAUGAAGUAGUUUCUCCCCCCCUCUCAGUGCUAAAGCAUCAGCCACCGCCGGCUCUCUAGGAUCUGCACAGUACCGACCUGCAACCAGCCAGCGCUAUGGGCCUGUUCAAGUUUGUAUGUGCGAUUAUUACCAGAGUGUUAUUUAUCCUAGUCUCUCUGGCCGGGGUCUGGAGGGUGACGCGGGUGAAGGAUAACAAUUACUGGUUCCUGACUUUCCUCUUUCUGCCGCUGUUCGUUGAAAUGAUAAUAACCCUGCAGAGACGAAAGGGAAAAGAUUACAAAUGGUUUUCUCCUCCUAUCUUUCUGUUUCUCAUCAGUAUCAUUCCCUCCAUAUGGAUCCUGGAGCUCCACCACCAGCAGAACAAAGACAGCGACCCUCUGUGCAAAAAGCUCGACUCUUGGGAGAAUUUGCGUACUGUGAUUACUCUAAACCAGACCAAUGGAAACCAAACAUACCAGGACUACCUCAAGAAUAUUAACCAGAUGUUGUCAGCCGUCUGUUCCAACGACUGGAUCCUGGCUCUUCAUCAGAUCCUGCUCAUCCUCCUCAUUGUGGGGAAGUGGCUUCUCCCCCUGGGAGGCGGAGUCACGCGUGACGAGCUCUCACAGCUUCUCCUCAUUUUUGUUGGCACUGCGGCAGACAUCCUCGAAUUUACUAGUGAGACGCUGUCAGAUGUCAAAGAGAACAGCCCUGAGCUGGUCUACAUCAUCUUAGGUGUAUGGACUUGGAGCAUGUUGCAGUUCCCUCUACAUCUGGCCGUGGUGAACUCCAAGCCAGGCGCUGAGGGUGAGGAGAGGGCCCAGAAGGUGUCCCUUAUGACUAAACACAGCACGGACAUGUGGAGCAUCGUGGAGGCCUUGUUUAUCCAGGACGGGCCCUUUCUGGUGGUCAGGCUCACCGUCAUGACCUACUUCAAAGUCUUCCACCAGAUGCUGGUUUUCUUCGCCAUCAAGAACUUCCUGGUGGUCAUACUGAACUUGUACAGGUUGGUUGUUAUAUGUCAGGACUUCAGAUCCCCCAGCAGUAGAAUCGACAGCGGCAACGACAUCAGCAACCCUGUCCUAUGAGUUUGAUGAGACAGCUCAGGGGGAGAUAGAGAGACAUUACACUUUUUUUAAAAAAAUUUUUACAGUUACAGGUAAAAACUACAAUUGGAGCAGGGAAAGAAGGAAAUGCUUGAUGACUGUUUUCUUUUCACAAUGUACUUAUGUAGAAUCCAUUCUGAAUAAUUGAUGCUCUUGGGAGCAGAAAACUGUGAGCAACCAUUUUAUUACACUUGCAUGAAGUUGCCAAGUUUGCAUUCCACACUUCCACACUGCCUAGCAUCUAAUUUUGCUCAUACUUGACAUUUCAGUCCCUUUGGAGCUAACCUCAGUCAAUUCAGUUAAGACACCACCCUUUAUUCAGUACUAAAAUGUGACUGUGUGCAUGAACAAUGUGUGUUAAAACCUGUGGAUACAGAGGAAAAGAAGGAAGCAGACCGGAACAGGAAAAAGGUGUGGGGGUUCAAGUGAAAAAUAUCCCGAUUUAACCGUGUACAAAUAACACACAUUACUAAGCCUGUCAGCCUGUCACAAUAUAUCUAAAGAAAAUAGGCCCACCAGGCUCCACUUGUUAACACACACCAUCAACAUCUUUGCAUGCACUUAUAUAUCUUUACAUAUGACUUUUGUGGAAUUACAGGUGAAUAAGAAACAAAAACCAAAGAAACAUCAACAACAAACCUGAUAUAAAUAAAAAAGAAGAGAGGAAGACAGAGUGAUAUAGUAGAUGACACAAAGGCGUUGAAGUGUUGACAGAAGCUGAGACUGAGGGAGAGUGAUUUUUCUGUCUUAACACAGACAGGAAGUUCAAACUGAACGUAAAAAUAUCCUACCCUAUGGGAGUAGGCAGUUUGAUGAGAACCACUAUACCAAAACUGGAUAAGAAAGACCAUGAAUCUGAUUAUUUGUGACAUUUGAAUGGCAAAGAAACUCUGAUUGAUAACCUCUUGGAUAACACCUCUUUAAGGUCAAAAAUCAUUGUGUUUCUUAUCUCAAAGUGAUUCUGUCUUUGCUGUUACUGUUGAUAAGCAUUGACUGGUUGUUGUGACUCUGUUACAUGCUAGAAAUUAAUUUGGGCAAAAGCUUUAAAAAUAAACAGACAUAUAACAACAUAUUUGUGUGUGUG